GAUGUAUUAUCUUCAGUUCUAAACAAGUCAGGUCUGAAAGAAUAUGCUCAUCAUAGUCGCACUAAGUGGUUUAUUUUGCGUGGCCUCUGCAGGGCCCAUGCAGUCCUUCCUUGGAGGUAUAAGAGCACAGUGCCCUCCUAAACCUCCUACAGUUUCUACACUUGAUGCCGCAGCGUAUUUGGGCAAAUGGUAUGAACAGAAAAGAAUUCCAGCAAGCUUCCAGCUAAACACAAGAUGCGUCAGAGCAGAAUAUGGAUUAAAUGAUGAAGGAGUUAUCACAGUUCAUAAUACUGCCACCAAACAAGACGGGUCCUUUGACGAGAUCUUUGGAACUGCAACAGUUCCAGAUCCAAACCAUCCUGGGGAACUCAAGGUUCACUUCCCAGAAAGUCCUGUUGAUGGUGACUAUUGGAUCCUAGAUACUGAUUAUGAGAACUACAGUAUUGUUUACUCCUGUGUUGAUUAUAUCUUUGGUCUCAUCCACUUCGAAUUCGCCUGGAUCCUAGCAAGAGAUACCAACAUGGAUCCUGCUUUGAUCCAAAAAGGAGUUGAUCUUCUGGAGAGCUAUGGCAUUGAUAUCUCUCUACUAGAAGAUACUGUUCAAACUGAAGACUGUUUCUAUGGUUAAAUUUGGAUCUGUAAUAUUAAACAAUAUGACAUUUAUUAAAUGAAUAAACAUUACACAUAAACUGA